AUGACGGCUUGGCCCUGGCAGCACGUCGCCCGCAGCGGCCGCCAUAGCUUGGCAACGCUCCGCCGCAGCCCGCUUGCCGAGAUCUCGGGCGCCCUGGGUGACUUGGGCACGCUGCUGCCGCUGAUGGCCGCGCUCGCCCUCCAGGGAUCCGUGUCGCUGUCGUCGACCCUCGUUUUUUCGGGCCUGUUCAACAUGGUCACGGGUCUCUGGUUCGGCAUCCCGCUGCCCGUCCAGCCCAUGAAGGCCAUUGCCGCCGCCGCCAUUGCCCAGAACGCCUCGCUGCGCGACACCCUGGCGGCCGGGGCGCUUGUGAGCGGUGUCGUGCUGUUGCUGGCCGUGACGGGCCUGCUGCGCCGUCUCGCCGAGGUCGUGCCGGUGCCGGUCGUCAAGGGCAUCCAGUUGGGUGCGGGCCUGUCGCUGGCGCUGUCGGCGGGCGGGCCGUCUUUACUAGGUGGCCUGGGCUGGCUGGACCACCCAUCGGUGCUGGACAACCGGCUGUGGGCGCUGGCGGCGUUUGCCGGUCUGCUCUUGACGCAGCGAAUGGCCCCAGUGGGACCCUCGUCGUCGUCGUCCGUCCGUACAGCCUUUUUGCCGUUCGCCCUCGUUGUGUUUCUGCUUGGCCUCGUCUUUGCGCUGCUCGACCACAGCCACCAUGCCGGCCACGUGCUCCCCCAUUUCGCCUUGUGGACGCCCCGCCUGGUUUUGCCGCAUUGGCUGUCCAGCAAUGCCUGGGCCAUGGCCGUUGCGCAGUUGCCUCUAACGACGCUCAACUCGGUCGUUGCCGUGUCCGCCUUGGCCGAGGAGCUGUUCUCACCGUCCGCUCUGCCCCUUCUAUCGCUCUCGUCGUCGUCGCCCUUCACACCCGCUACCUCCGUCACGGCGUUCGGCUGCAGCGUCGGCGCCAUGAACCUUGUCGGCUGCUGGUUUGGUGCCAUGCCCGUCUGCCACGGCGCUGGCGGACUGGCUGCCCAGUACCGGUUCGGUGCGCGGAGUGGCGCGAGCGUUAUUUUGCUCGGCGCUGCCAAACUGCUGUUGGGCCUGUUUUGGGGCGAAACGUUGUUGGAACUCCUGCGUGCCUUUCCGCGCAGCUUCCUCGGUGUGCUUGUCCUGGCCGCCGGCUUGGAGCUGACAGCCGCGGGUGCGACCCUCAACGAAGGUGGUGAUACAUCGUACAGCGCCCAGCAGAAACGCGAGCGGUGGACGGUCAUGCUUAUGACGGCCGCCUGUCUGCUGGCGUUCAAGAAUGACGCCGUCGGUUUUGUUGCCGGCCUGCUCUGUCACGGCGCCUACCGUUUGGCAGACGCGCUUGAGGCUCGGCGCAGCCGCCACAGCCGUCUCCGUCGUCCAGGUCACCCCGAUGAAUCAAGCACACUUUUGGCUUCAUAG